AUGGCCCAAGCCGAGCCCCAAGACACGGCCACGAGCAUCGUCUUCUCAAACGAUGCCCAGGACAAGAGGGCCACGAAUCUCGCCUGGCAAGUCUUGCCAAAGACCAUCCACGACGUCCGCGGUCAUGUCUCGUCUUUCUCCUUAGACGCCAACGAGUUUGCGUUCCGUAACCACCAUUCAGUACUAGGGGACUUUCUAGAUAUCAGCAAAGACGUGGUUACUUCAAAGUAUCUGCCGGACGUUGAGAACAUCUCCACCGAAGAGCUUGGCACCGUUGACAAAGUCUUCUUUUUCGAUUGGAGGGUACAACAGUUCACCAAUAAUGGCUUAAUAACUCUUGGCUAA